GCAUUGCACGUGACCCGUGUUGUAUGUCUCCAACAAGUAUAUUGUAGGCUCAUUAGCACACGGGUGGAAAUGGCGGACGUUUCCAUGAUUUCAGGCGUGUUGUUUCUUAUAAUCAAAUCCACAUUAUGCAGUAAGAAGGUCUGGUCAGAGAUACCGACUAUUCGGAAUCAUUUACCAAAGUCCAGCUUCAAUGUUACAACAACUCGUUCAUCGCUGGAAUGUGCCGAAUACAGCCAGCAGAUGGACAGCUGUUUGGCUUUUGCGUAUAAUAAAGUCACACAGACCUGUAGUCCACUUGACGAUCUGAGACAAAGACAGUAUGAGGAAUCCACCUAUGUUUGGUAUCUGUAUGUCACCGACUGCGACACUGGAUGGAAACAAAGUGAGGAAUUUUGCUACUUGGUCGUCGACAUACCAAAGACCUGGCAGGACGCAUCUAAGUAUGCCUAA